AUGGCUGUGUUUGACAAGUGCAAAACGAGGCCGCAACAUAUUGAAGCCAUUCUCAAUGGUUUGGACAGAUAUAACCCAGAGACCACCACCAUCUUCCAAGAUUAUGUCGUGCAGCAGUGUGAGGACAGGACAUUCGACGCCUAUGCCAACUUGGCACUGUUGAAACUACAUUUUUACCUGAUGCAAUAUCUGGUAAUUGACCUGCGGAUACGAAAUUAUCUGAAACGAUAUUGGUCAUCUCCAGAUCUUUCUGUGUUCGUACCAAUCUACGAAAACACUGCUAAUAUAUGGAUGCCUAUCAUCGGCAAUCAUCUCUGCAGCUACCAAUUUAAUCCUCAUCUCCUCCAUACCGAAACAACAACCAACAUUCUCGCCAAAGCGUUAACCGUAUUCCCCUCACCCGCCUUUUCUCUAUCUCUCGCUCUCCUCCCAGCGCACACACAGCCAUUUGCCUCAUCAAAAAUAUCGUCCCUCCCCAUGCAAACGUCUGAUUUUGUCGAAUCUGUCCAAAAGCUCUCCCGCCUCAACACCCUCCUCGAAUCCGCACAAUACCCCCACUUCUGGUCAACCCUCAAUUCCGAUGAUCUGUAUGCGGAUUUAGUUGCUGAUGUUUCAGGGUUUGAAAAGCUAGUACGCGUUCGCAUCGCUGUCGAAGUUGGCAAAGCAUUCCGUGAAAUAAGCGCUGACAUUCUGGCUCAAUGGCUUGACUUGCAUGGAUUGGAAAGUUUGGAGAAAUUCGUCGUCGAUGUUUGCGGGUGGGAAUUGGACAAGAGCGCGGGAUCAGAUCUCAAGAGUAUAGUCGCUAGAGUCCCCAGGAAUAAAGAGAAUGAAGCCAGAGGAGAGAUUAAGGGAGAGAAAGUGGGUAUAGAGAUGUUUGGCCGAGUUCUUCGGAGGGGUUUCGAACAACCCGCAUGA